UCAAAAGCUUACGAACUUGAAAGUUUCGUUUGAAAGCACAGCGCCGCAAGUAGUGCACUCAUUAAUUAUUUUUCUCUGACUUUUUGUUUCAAAACAGGACGAACUCCCGGCAAAAAGUACGAGUACGAGCAACGAGCAUUGUGCAGGUGAUGUCAAAUUGUCAAUGUGCAUUGUACGUUGAUCAACUGAACUUGUAAAGUAAAUAGAGAAAUCAUAGUAAUAAGGUGACCAUGUUGCUAGUCCUUGUUUGUUGAUGAUUGGAGCUAAUUAUAGAUAAAGGAAUAACCUCAAAAUGAAGCAACUUUCGAAGCGAAGUGUUGAACGUCUGCUAAAACGCGAAUUGACAGUUGUUUUACCAAGAAUCAAGUUUCCGGUGUCGAAGCGACCGAACGAUUUAUUCAAGCGAAAAAAAUCCAAGCGUGGACGAAAUUCUGGCAGUAGUGAUAAAGAAAACGAUAACUCACGUAAUGUGACUGUGCGUUCGCAACCGAAUUUGAACUUGAUUCAGAUAGAAAAAGCGCUGGAAAUAGAUCACUGCGACGAAGGUUUGAUACGAUGGAAAUUGACUGAGAAUGAUCGUAAACUUCUGUUGGCUAAUAUCAAUAACGGACGUGUAACUACCACGUAUUCGAGAUUUGAUUCGUUCAAGACUAAACGUUCCGAAAUUGUUUCUAGUAAGAUUGUUUCUCAAUCGCAAUCCUUGAACGUGUCUCAAUUAAUUGAGAAAGAGGCCGAAAUGAACAAAACUUCGACGAACCCAAAACCACAACACGAGAAGAAACACGAUAAUGGUAAAUGUUCCCGCAAGGAUUCUGGAAUCGGCAUGGAAUCUCCGAAACGUAAUAAAUCCACGAAACGCAAAUUUUCAGAUAACACGGAUGAUGAAUCUGAUAAUGCGCGUGGAAUGGAAGAAGAGGAUAAUGCAUCCUCUACGUUGAAUUCACCAGAGAAUGGAAUCCGUGAUUUGAAAGCAAUCAUUGAAUCACAUUCUAGUCACCGUUGUACUGAUGAAAUCAAUCGUAAGGUGAAUAACGUUAAAACUUGGCGAACACCAGAUGGAUUAUUUGUACGUAGAGAUUUCGUUAUACGAAUUACACAGUGUUGUUCCAACCAACUCUCAAAAGAUGAUGUCACUGAGCGUACCACUUCGGUUGUUGCUAGUACCACUAGGCACGAGAAUAUUAAAAAAAAUUCAAAACAAGAGCGUAAAAAUAUCGCCGUUGAGAAGAAAGUUGGCAUCAAUACUCGCACGAAGAUGAACGGUAGGGAAAAAACGUGCACUCGAAUCGUAGAAGUUCAAACAACGGAAGAGAGACGUAAAAAAAUCAAACUUCACCAACCUACCAGGAUGGUGACCAGACACAGGGCAGCAUUUGGUGGCGAUUGUGAAUUCGUUUAUUUAACCAAUGAGAACGGUUAUAUUGCUAGAAACCAAACGGAUCAACUGAACCGAAACGGAAAAGAUGUUGAACCUUCGUCCAGCGAAUCAGUUUGUUCGAACAUCUCAGAGAAUACUCAAACAACCACGCUGAAUUCAAACAAAAACAAGAUCUCCAAAAUACUCCAAAAUAUUAUUUUAUAUCGCGAGCAAGAUACCGAACCGGGUAAAAGCCAAGCCAAAGAAGAAUUGAGAAAAUCAACACGUCGCAGGAAACUUCUGAGCUAUAAAGAACCAGAUGAUCUUAUUGAAGACGACUUCUUUAUGACGGAAAAACCAGUUGAUAGGAAAAAUGUUAAACAGCAAAAGAAUACUUCCAGUGCGAAAAAUCAAGGACAAUUGGAUCUUGAAUUACCUGUGAAGCCGGGAAAUCAGAAACCUGCCAGAAGUGUAAAAAAUGAUAGAAUCGAAGCUCCCAAAAAAGUCUCCAAUUUGCCAGUAAAACGACUCAUGAAAAAAAGCGAAGCACUGGAAAAGACUGAAAAAUUCCAAGAGCAGAAAAUGAAUUUGAGAAGUGUUAAAGUAGCUAGUGCCAAAACAGCUGUGUUGAAGACUCCUGCAUUACCAAGGUGUUCCUCGAAAACCCAGGGUAGUGAUUCAGUUGCAAACACCAGCAAAGGAACUACUGUUACGAAGCAAUCCUUGAAAACUCGAAAUGAUGAUUCUGUAGCGAACCCCAACAAAGCGACUCCUUGCGUUACGUUCUCUUCGGAAACACCUGAAACAAUUCCACGACCAGUAAACAAGGACGGAAAUGAUGCUCAUUCAAAUUUCACUCCUUGUAUUCUUCUAGAUAGAUUGGAUGCGACGGAUAUCAGUACUUACGCCAUUACUCCAUUACGCGAAGAUCGAGGACCGUUGCCUUCUAAAUCGAAUGAGGAUUAUGGUAUCGAUGACGUUGAUACUGAUGAUUCAACAGAUGAAGAGGACAAUCCUAAAAAAGUGGUUCCACAAUGGGCGAGAUCGCUUGAAAAUCGGCCUGUAGUGCAAUUCUACUUUCCUCGAGACCUGAUUCGAGAUUGGAUUCGUCCGCCGACUCGAAGAUUUACCGUGAAAUCGUUAUUUUUUUAAAAAUUCGUCGAAUCUGUAACACAGAUAAACAGUUUGAAAAUACCACAAAUCCACAAUUGUGGCGUGUGGUACAUUUUUUUUCGUUUUUAUUCAGUUAAAAUAAUUCCUUUCAUUUCAUGUAGUUUUAGAUGUAGUUUUUUUCAUCUUAUAAUUUUAAUUCUCCUCUGGUUCAACGUUUUUGUGUUUUUUGAACUUCUUAUAAAUUUAAUAACUUUUAAAAAAUGGAAUGUUGAGGGUGUUGCGUUGGAAUUUUUAUAUUAUGAACUCUCGUUAUUAAAAAUAUUCGAUUUUUUGGAAGAUAUCGUAUAUGAACUUACGUUAAGGUUAUAAUUUUACUUUGGAUGUUUGUUGUUUUUUUUUCUAUUUUUGAAAUAAUUUUAAAGAAGCAUCAAUUCUUAUUAGAAUUUUUUUUGUCAUGCUUCAUCGUAAGGACGUUUUUUUUCUUGUUCGUGUUGAAUAAAUUAGUAAAAAUGUUCGAAUUUG